AUGGAGGAGACGCCAGACCUUUCCUCUCCUGCUGCUUCACCCUCUCCCCCUUCAACAGUAUCAGAGACAACAGGAUGUACAGCAGCAGCAGCAGCAGCAGAAGCAGCAGAAGCAGCAACAGCAGCAGCAGCAGUUGCUGCUGCUCCUAAGAAGGCCAAGAAAGAAUCUUCUCCUUCGCCUCCAUCAGAUCCUUCAGAGCAUUCUGCUGCUGCAGCACAAGGUGCAGCAGCAGGAGAAGCAGCAGCAGCAGCAACAUCAGCAGCAACAGCCGCAGCAGCAGCAAACUUUGGGACUGCGUAUUUGCCUUCGCUUCUCUCCAGACAAGAAGCAGCAGCAGCAACACCAGGCGCCACACCAACAGCAGCAGCAGCAACACCAGGCGCCACACCAACAGCAGCAACAGCAGCAGCAGCAGCAGCAGCAGCAACGGCUGCAGCAGCAGCUUCGCCGGAUCCUAUUAUUACUGCUCGUGUUCUUUGCUUCAAAGAUCUUGAGCUGCAGCAGCAGCAGCAACAGCAAAAGCAGCAGGAGCAGCAGGAGCAGCGACGACAGCAGAAAGAGCUAGAGCAGCAGCAGCAGCAGCAGCAACACGAUGGGGCGCAUGCAAAGGUUGCGGCUGCUGCAGCUUGCAGCAGCUUCAGAGGCAACCGGAAAAAGCAGCAGCAGGAGCAGCAAAAGGAGCGGCAGCACAACAGCAGCAACAGCAGCAACAGCAGCAGCAGCAGCAGCAAAUGUGCUGCAGCAGGUAUGCGAUUUAAGUAUAUUGGCUCAUGGAGACGCUGCACUAAGGACGGCAAGCGUGUUGCUGAGGAAGCCAUCAGCAGCAGCAGCAGCAGCAGCAGCAGCAGCAGCAAAGGGGAGUCUGAUACAAGUAAACUGAAGCAGCAGCAGAAGGAGAAUGAGCAACAGCAGCAGCAGCAGCAGCAGCAGCUGCCUCUGCCACCUAUGCGUAGACUAGGUGUCUGCACACCUCCUCUCCCGUGUCCUCUUAAGGGCUGCAGCAGCUGCAGCAGCUGCAGCAAACGUCAGCGGGUCAAGCUGCUGCUGCAACAUGUCCCGAUAAACAGCAGCAGCAGCAGCAGCAGCAGCAGCAAUGCGGUAUCUGAAGGUGCAGCAGACACCGGAGUGGUGUACAGCCACAGCUUGACCUCCUUAUUCAAUCCACAGGCUAAAGCCAAGCCCAUCAACAGCAGCAGCAGCAGCAGCAACAGCAGCAGCAACAGCAGCAGCAGCAGCAGCAGCAGUUGGGGGGGAUCGUUAGCAGCACAGCAGCAGCAAAGUUUAAUUUGCUGCAGCGCAGCAAUGGUGCAGCAAAUACCUGCAGCGUAUAGACCAUUGGUCCAUCUACAGAUUGUCUCCUCUGCCAACAGCAGCAGCAGCAGCAGCAGCAGCAGCAGCAGCAACACGCAUGCAACUUGCUGCUGCACAUGCGGAAGAGACCGCCAUGAGAGCGCACUGCCGCUGCCUCAUCCGGUGGAGCCUUCUUUGUUUUGCUUCCUUCGUUCGCUGCAGCAGCUAGAUCUGCGCAGCAACAAUCUUGCUGCUGUUCCUUCGCAUCUGCAUUUGCUGCAGCAGCUGCAGCAGCUGCUGCUAGAUGGUAAUAAGCUGCUGUGUCUCCCUCCUUGUGUAUGGCUGCUGCCGCGGCUGCAGCUGCUGUCUGCUACAUCCAACUUUAUUGAUCAUAUAUGUCCUCCUCAUAAGCAGCAGCAACUGCAGCAGCAACAACAGCAGCAGCAAGAAAAGCAGCAGCAAGAGCAGCAGCAGCAGGUGCAGCAGCAGCUGCUGCAGCUACAGGAACUACGAUUGACGGCAAACGCAAUCGAUUCCUUAUACUUCCUUGCUGCAGGUUGCCAUGGGGGUGCCAUGCGGCAGCAGCAUUACCUGCAGCAGCAGCAGCAGCAGCAACACGAAUUGCAGCAGCAGCAGCAGCAGCAGCAGCAAGGACUGGCAGCAGCAGAAGACUGGAAUUGGUUCUGCGGGAAGGCGCCAGCAUGCACAGCAGCAGCAACCAGCUCAUUGACAGCAGCAGAACCAGCAGCAGCAACACCUGCUGAAGCAACAACAACUACUGCUGCUGCUGCUCCAGCAGCAGCAGCAGCAGCAGCAGCAGCAGAUGGAGAUAUUCUGUUUAGCUGCCUACGUAAGGUGUAUAUUGACUGCAACAAAUACACCCGGCUGCCUUUGUGUCUCCAUCGUUUGUCUCCUUUGCUGCAGCAGCUAGCUAUAGAUUGGGGCUGCUACUUGCAUGCAAAGCAGCAGCAGCAGCAUCAGUUGCCUUGGAGGCUGCUGCAAGGAGAACGACUGCAGCAGCUGCUGCAGCUGCUGCAGCAAGUACACCAAUGGCUGCUGCAGCAAGGACACAAAAGAGCAGCAAGAGAUCGGUAUCUCCUUAGCAGCAACUGCUGCAGCUGCUGCGGCAGCAGACGUUGGGGAGGUCCAAGCCCUCGUUUCUGCAGCAAAUGCAGCAGCACCAACAGCACCAGUAGCACCAGCACCAGCAGCAGCAGCAGCAGCAGCAGCAGCAGCAGGAAGCAGCAACCUAUAAGAGUUUGCUGCGCAGGUAUUUCCUUUACAGAGUUUUUAUACUUUGAUUCGCGACCACCAGAGACAUGGAGGAUAGAGGACCUUAUACCUCCCUGCAGCAGCAGCAGCAGCAGCAGCAGCAGCAGCAGCAGGAGCGGCUGCAGUAGCCGCAGCAGCAGCGGAGUCGAUGGCAGCACUCUUAGUAGCAGCAACAACAACAGCAGCAGCAGCAGCAGCAGCAGCAACCGCAGCAACUGGAACUUCCCUACGGACCUAAGUGACUACAGCGACAGCUCCAGCAGCAGCGACGAAGAUAGCAGCAGCAGCAGCAGCAGCAGCAGCAGCAGCAAGAGGCAGCGCAAGAGACUGUCCUUUGCUGCUGCUUUUGCUGUAUCUAAGAUUGGUGGCAGCAGAAGUUGCUUCAUUAGAGCAGCAAGAGAGGGGAAUGAGGGAGUGCUGCAUGCGCUGCUCUCGCGGAAGGCAGCAAAGCGUCUGCAGCACAUACACCGUAGGCUGCUGCAGCUCUCCAACUCCAGCAGCAGCAGCAGCAGCAGCAAUGAGGAGCAGGCUUUACUGUUUAGGGAUGCAAGGAGGCAGCAGCAGCUGCUGCAGCAGCUGCUGCUGAUGCUGCGGAGGACGGGACCCUUUGGCUGCGGUGGGGAUGCUGGGCAACGAGACGCGGAUGGCAACACCCCUCUGCAUGUCUUAUUCUCUAUAAGCAACCAUGCAUGCUAUGAGGAGCAAGAGCAGCAAGAGCAGCAGCAGCAGCAGCAGCAGCAUCGGCCAUGGGGAAUGGGGAGAGAGGGAGCUGCUGCAGCAGAAGAUGUCCCUACACCUGCAGCCAUAGAAGCAGCGCAUGCAGCAGCAGCAGCAGCAGCAGCAGCAGCAAAAGGUGAAUCUCCUGAGCAAAUAUACAAAAGGGCAAGAGAAUCAUUUGCUGCAGUGUAUGGAUUGCCUCUGCCGCGUCUUGCUGCUGUUGCGCUGCUGCUGCUGCUGCACCCUAAGGCCCUUGCUGUCUCCCCGCAGCAGGAGGAGCAGCAGCGCCGCCACCGUUUGCUGCUGCAGCAGCGAAGCCUCUUUUUGCUGCAGCAGCAGCACCAUCGGUUGCUGCCAGUCUAUGAAGAAAGCAGCAACUGCAACAGCAGCAGCAGCAACAGCAGCAAGACAUUGGCCGGUGGGAGCAGAGUAUUGGUACCAACAGCAGCAACUGCAGCAGCAGCAGCAGCAGCAGCAGGGGCGGAUGCUGCUGCUGCACUAGCAGCAGCAGCAGCAGAUACAUUAUCUAUUUGUUCCUCUGCUAGGGCUAAUGCAUUUAAUUGCUGCUUCUGGUCCCCCCUACACUUAGCAGCAAAAACAGGAGGGCAGCAGCAGCUGCUGCUGUGUCUGCUGCUGCGGCAUGUAUCUCCUCCUGAAUGCAUGCAAGGCUGCUGCUCGCAUGCAGAGCCUCCUGCUGCACUUGCACCAGGAACAGCAGCAGAAGCAGCAGCUGCUGCUCUUGCUGCUACUCUUGAAGAGCAGCAACGGGUUGCAGACAGCCGCAACAACAGCAACAGCAGCAGCAGCAGCAGCAACAGACUCCCACCAAUAGCAGAAACAGAGGAAGCAUGCUGGGGGAUAUAUGCAGCAGAAGCAGCAGCAGUAGCAGCAGCAGCAGCAGCAACACAAUCAGGGAGAAUAGGCGUUGCAGAUAGUUUCUCGUUAACAGAGGAGGCACUAGAUUUGCUGCUGCUGCUCCUUGGACGUCUACCUCUCCCCAGCAGCAGCAACAGCAGCAGCAGCAGCAGCAGCAGCAGCAGCAAAGCAGCACUACUCUGCCCCUCUCUUAGUAUUUGCAGAUAUACAUUUGAAUUAAAUAUAAGAGGAGGAGGAAAUUGGUGGACCCCUCUGCAUCUUGCUGCACACGGAGGGAACGUACGUUGCCUGCAGCAGCUACUGUCCUUAGGUUGCUCCCCUUCUUCCUUCUCGCGGCUGCAGCGAAGCCCGCUGUCUGUGGCUAGGGGCCCCAAGCAGCGGUGCAUGCAGCUGCUGAUGCAGCAGCAGCAGCAGCAUAAUACCUGGCGCAUGCUUCAAGAUAACAGCAGCAACAGCCUCAACAGCAGCAGCAGCAGCAGCAGCAGCAGAAGCAGCGGGUGGAUAAGCAAGUUUGCUGCUGCUCUGGAAGAUCUAACCGAUGAUGCUGCUGUGUCUCAGCAACCAGAACAGCAGCAGCAGCAGCAGCAGCAGCAGCACACGACGGCGAGCAAGGACCUAGAGAAAAAUCAGAGCAAGGACACCACCAACGACAGCCAGCAGCAAGAGCAACAGCAGCAGAAAGAGCAGCAGCAGCUGCUGCUGCAGCAAGGACAACCUGAGAUAGCCGAACGUGCGGCAGUAGAAGCAGACGAGUUCUGGGGUGGUGCAGAUCCGGUGUAUCCUCUUGAUGCAUUUGCUGCUGCUGUUUAUUCUGCUGUGGGGUUUCUAGACCCUCUAAGUGCAGCAGCAGCAGCAGGGGCUGCAGCAGGAACUGCAUUGGGGGUUCUGGAGAUGCACAGCAGCAGCAGCAGUAGCAGCAGCAGCAGCAACGGCAGCAUUCCGAUUCAAGAUGAGGAGAUUAUUCGUAACUCGUUGCUGCAGCAGGCGCUUCGUGUUGCUUCUGCUGCUGCUGUUGAAGGUCCUCCCUGCCGUCUGCAUGCGCUGCUGCAGCAUUGCUGCUUCCCUGCUGCUGCUGCUGCAUUGCUGCCGUUUGCUGCUGCUGCUGGGAUGUCUCAAGCUGCAGCAGCACUCGUGCCUCUGUGCGCAGCGACUGCUGCUGGUUCUGCUGCUGCUGCUGGUGCGGCCUUCAAUAGUAUGCAGUGCAACACCAGCACUACCAGCAGCAGCGGCUACGGCGACAGAAGCAGCAGCAGCAGCGACAGCAGCAGCAGCAACAGCAGCAGCAGCAGUCGCUCCCACAAGACAACAGCCAACGCGAAUGCCUGCGCUUCCUUUUGGGGUCCUAGGCCUCGAAGGGCAUUAACAGCAGCAGCAACAGCAGCAGCAGCAGCAGAAGCGGCAGCAGACAUGAAAGAAAAGGACAUGCAGCUGCUGCAGCAGCACGGAUGGAUGUACACUUCGUUGCUGCUUGCUGCUGCAGCACACGGAGACGCAGCCUUAUGCCGCUGUAUUCUUGGCUCUUUGAGUAUAGCCGAUAGACUCCGCGCUCUUAAGCAACGAGGGUCUCCUAGAGGGACGACAAUAUUUCUUGCUGUUUGCCGGGGGACACCAUUCCAUUGUCGCUUGGCGGGUUUCUUUACGCCUUUGGAUGCCAGCAGCCGCCCCGAUCUUGUUGGCUGGCUGUUGCGCUGCUUUGCUGCUACUCGGGUCCAGUUGCAGCAGCAGAAGCAACAGAAGCAGCAGCAGCAGGAGCAGCAGCAAGGACAACAUGAGCAGCAAGUGCAGGGACAGGUUCAAGAGCAUCCGGUGCAGCACCAGCGGCAGCAGCUCUGCUGUUGCUGCUGCUGCACCUCAGCAGCAGUACGCCGGCAGGUGCUGCUGCGCUCAGACUCUCGCGGCUACUUCCCGCUGCUUGCUGCUGUGCAUCACUGCAGCAGCGAGGAUUUGCUGCAGCAGUUGCUGCAGUUCUGCUGCAGCUGUAUGUACAAACUUGAUCCAGACAGGAGCAGCAGCAGCAGCAGCAGUAGCAUCAGCAGCAGGUGUCCUUGGGUGCCGGCCUGGCAGCAGCAAGAGGGAGAGGGUCCCCGCAUGCUCGCUCAAGGUUACAGGGCCUCAGAGCUGCGGGCGCUGCUGCGCUGCGCUCGUGCGAGCCUGCAGCAAAGGAAGUAUGGCGUACUGCUGCACCUUCUUUAUUUUAAGGCUUUGCUGCCUUCCUGUGCCAGCAGCAGCAGCAGCAAACGUAGCAGCAGUAGCAGCAGCAGCAGCAGCAGCAGCAGCAGCCAUAUCCAUACGCGAGCCUUGCAACCGUGUUGCUUUCCCUUCUAUUGGGAACAGAAACAACUGCAGCAACACUUGCAGCAGCAACAGCAACAGCAGCAGCACCAUAAGGGGCAGAGCUUCGAAUACCCGCGUCUGCCUUCUGCUGCCGAGGCUGAAUUGCUGCUGCUGCGCCUGCAGCUGCUGCUGUUGGCUACUGCAGCAGGGGAUGCUCGAGGUGUCUCAAUGUUGGUCAUUAGCGGCUGUGCUGAUGGUUGUUUGCUGCUGCAGGCUGCUCUUGUGCUGCUGAUGUGCAGCAGCAGUGCAGCAGCCGCUGCUGCUGCUGCUGCACCAGGUGCAGCAAUAGUAACAUCUGCAGCAGCAGGGGAACCGCGCAACCAGAAGUUGCUGCAGACUCCGAGAUGUUUGUCCAGAGCAGCAACACCGGGAGCAGCAGCAAAAACAGCAGCAGCAGCAGCAGCAGCAGCAGCACCUUGGGGUGUAUCGCGAGCUUCGCGACGGCUGACGAGACUGUCAGGCACUUUGUGGCGGUGGGCUAUAGCUGGUGGCUUCCCUCUGGAUCUAAUACACAACCAGCAGCAGCAAUUGCAGCAACAGCAGCAGCAGCAACAGCAGCAGCAACAGCAGCAGCAGAAGCAACAACAGGGCCCAAAACCUCACGGUUGCGUACAGCCCUCUCCGCCACUUCAGCAGCAGCAAGAAGAGAAACAGUACAAUGAGGUGCAACAGCAGGACCGGGAACAGGAGCAACAAGGGCAGCAGCAGCAGCAACAGCAGCAGCAGCAACAGCAGCAGCAGCAACAGCAGCAGCAACAAUACUUGCUGUUCGAUGCCUUGUUGACUACUGGAGAUAAUCCCCUAGAGCCUCAUUUCUCUGCUGCUGCUGCUGAGCAGCAGCAGCAGCAGCAGCAAGUACUGCAGGAAGCUGAAUAUGCAGCAACAGCAGCAGCAGCAGCAACAGCAGCACCAGAUAGCUCACAGAUGCUUAAAGAUGUUUUGCUGCUGCCGCUGCCGUCUUCAGCAGCAGCAGCAGCAGAAGCAGCAGUAACAGCAGCAGCAGCAGCUGCUGCUGCAGCAGGAGAAACAGUGAUAUCAACAAUGACGGCAACAGGAGCAGCACCAACAGCAACAGCAGCAACAGCAGCAGCAGCAACAUGGCCUGCACCUGCUACAGUAGCAGCUCUUGUGUUACCACCGCCUGCUCCUGUUUUUUUGCUGCUGCAGUCAGCAGCAGCAGCAAAACUAUCUCCUCAAGGAGCACAAUAUUCUUGCUGCCGCUGCUGCUGCAAAGGGGAGCUGCUGUCACGGCGGCUGCAGCAGCCGCACCGCACGAGCGAUGCAGCACUGCAGCAGCAGCACACUGAUGCAGCUAACACCCUGCAGCAGCAGCAGCAGCAACAGCAACAGCUGCAGCGGCAGAACAUGCAGGAGAAAACCACACCACGAUCUCGCAAGGAAGCUGUAGAUAGCAGCAGCAGCAGCAGCAGCAGCCACCCCUCGUUCCACUGCUGGAGCUGCGCAAUGCCUCUAUGCCCCUCCUGCGUCGUUUGGCUGCCAGAGCCACGCCUGCCAACGUUGCAGCAGCUGCGGCAGCAGAUGCACCAGCAGCAGCAGCAGCUGCUCCUGCUGCUGCCGCCUCUUGCUACUCCUAAAGCUGGACAGGCUACAGAAGCAGCAGUACAGCAGCAGGAACAGCAGGAGCAGCAGCAGCAACGUGAGGAUAGCCAAAUACUUGUGGGCAAAACAGCAGCAGCAGAAGAGUCAACAGUCUCUCUGCCCAUUGCAUCAGAAACAGAAGCAGCAGCACCAACAGCUGAUGCAGCAGCAGCAGCAGCAGAAGCAGCAUGCAUUAGCAGCGGAGAGAGUUCGCUCCUUCUGACGGUGCAGCAGACAACGGCACUGGGCCAACUGCAGCAGCAACAGUAUCCGCCGUCACAGCAGCAGCAGCAACAGCAGCAACAGGAGAGCCAGAGCCACCAGCAGCCGCUGCAGCAGCAGCAGCAGCAACAACUACUACAGCAGCAAAACCAGGAGCACGCAGCUCUUGCUGCACAAGAAAAUCUCUCCUGCUCUGCACAAUCGGCGAGUGCAGCAACAGCAGCAGCCGCUGUUACUUCUCCUUCGGUUGCUGCUGGUGCUGAUGCUGCUGCUCGCGCUGCUGCUGCUGCUGCUGCUGAUGCUGCAGCGACCGAUCCCAAGCCAAAGCCGCUGCGGCUGCGGCAGAGCCUGUGGAGUUGGCUGCGGCCUUCUGGUGCUCAGACGCAGCAGCAAAAAAGGCAGCAGCAGCAGCAGCAACAACAACAACAGCAAGUGCCGCAACAACAAGGGCAGCAGGAGCAGCAACAACAACAAGAAAAGCUGCAGCAGCAGGAGCCAACAGCAGCAGCAGGUCGGCCAGCAUGGAGAAGGCUGGUAGAAAAAAGUUAUAGGCGCCUUAAGAGCAGCAGCAGACGCCUUACUGGUAUACAGGCAGCUACCCCUAGAGAUGAAUUAGCAGCAGCAGCAGCAGCAGCAGCAGGAAGGCCACAACGGGUGGCAGCGGCGAAAGGUGCGGGACUACGAGCAGCAGCAGGAGCAGGAGCAGCAGCAGCAGCAGGGGACGCUAGCUACACGGCGAGCUCAUUUGCUGCUUGCAGCAGCUCAACGUGCAUUAAUGCUGAUGAAUUGUUGCUGCAGCAAUCUUCGCAGCAGCCGGCCCUUGCAGCAGCAGCAACAACAGCAGCAGCAACAGCAGCAGCAACAGCAGCAGAACUAGAAGACAGCUGGGAGUAUCUCCUAGGGAUUCCCGAGAUGCCCAUGACUGCUGCUGCCUUCCAACGAGGUCGCAAGGAGGAGGAGCAGCAGCAGCAGUGGCAGCUGCAGCACGAAGAGCAGCAACAGCAGCAGCUGUUGCUGCAGAGCAGCACUCUGGCAAUACAGAAGCAAGACUCUCUUAUAAGACAGCAGCAGGCUCAGCAGCACCACCGUUUGCUGCAGCAGUUCGUAGCUGAACGCCAAGCAGCAUCAGCAUUCCCCCUCCCUUGCAGCAGCAGCUGCAGCAUUUUUGACCCUUCAAGAUCAGCAGCAGCAGCAGCAACAGCAGCAACAGCAGCAGCAGUGCCAGAAGCCAGAGCAAGGCAUAAGACAACAGGCCAGGUGCACGCGGUGUCUUCAGAAGAAGAUCCAUCUCUUGUAUCUUCAGCUCUGCAGUGGGCCCCCUCAGAGGGGGGGCCCUCCAUCACGGAGGGGGGGCCCUCCCUUACUGAAGGGGGCCCCUCCGAAGGUUCAAGUGUUUCAUUAUCUAUGCUGAGCCCGUUGCUGGGGGCCCCCAAAGGAAGCAGCGGUGUACUCAAGGCAGGGGCCCCCGGAGGGGGCCCCCCAAGGGCCCCCUCUAGAGACCCCGAUAUGUUCUUGUCUUGGUGCUGCAUGUGCAGCAACUGUGCUGACUUCUAUAGAGAAAAUUAA